AUGAGUAUCGAUAUUUUUGGACCGUCACUACCAACUGGUGCUGCGAUUAGUGGACCAUCAGGACCACCUAGACGAGGAUUUCAAAUAACUGUUGAUGGACAGUAUGAUGUUGAGAGCGAGAGACUGUGUCAUGUUGGUAAACCUGCUGAAGAUAAUGAUGCAGCGACUGUCAAAUUUACACGUGAUAUUGUACGCAAAGAGCUAUCGCCACUGUAUGAUAGUAUGAGGAAUGAUCAGUCAGAGAUCAUUUCACACUUGCACUCUCAAGUGGACAAAAAAUCAGUAAUAGCGUAUGAGCUGCACAGACCAGCACGCAGAAAUUACCAACGUCGUCAUGUUGACAUACGAGCACUUGAUGAAACUUGGCAAGCUGAUCUAGUUGAAAUGAUUCCUUAUGCAACAGUAAAUAAAGGAAACACAUAUCUGCUAACUGUCAUAGAUAUUUUUUCAAAGUAUGCUUGGGCUGUACCAAUUAAAAGUAAAAGUGGCAGUGAUGUCACUAGUGCAAUGAAAUCUAUAUUUCAACAAGGACGUGUACCAAAAAAUCUGCACGUUGACCAAGGCAAAGAAUUUUAUAAUAAAGAAUUUCAAGAACUUAUAAGACGUAAAAACAUCAACAUGUACUCAACAUUCAGCAACUUGAAGGCAUCAAUAUGUGAACUACACAAAUAUAAUACUAGAAAACAUCGUACUAUUCAACUGGAACCUAUUGAUAAAACUGCUAAAAAUGAGAAGCAGAUAUUUAAAAAAAGAUACAAAUCUCUUCAAGCUCAGCGACAAGCACGAAAAAAUAAAUUCAAAAUUGGAGACAAAGUUCGAAUCAGCAAGUACAAACAUGUGCUUGAAAAAGGCUACACACCCAACUGGACCACUGAAAUUUUUACAAUCAAGACAGUGCAGAAUACAAAUCCAACAACAUACAAACUUGUAGACUAUCAGGAUAAGCCAAUUAAAGGUGGAUUUUAUCUUGAAGAACUCAGCAAAGUCAAGUAUCCAGAUGUCUAUCUGAUAGAAAAAAUUAUAAAAAAACGUGGAAAUAAAUUAUGUGUAAAGUGGCUUGGCUUCGACAGCUCUCACAAUACCUGGAUUGAUAAAUCAGACCUAUAG